AUGGGAGCAGCGGGGAGCAGUCCCUCCCUCCACAUGCCUCUCCUCUCAGCAGAUCUGGUCUGCCCUCCAGGAAGCCUCAACGGUGGCAGCAAACACACCACUGCUGCAGCACACCUCUCUCUUCCCCGUCUGCCCUUCCAGCGCCUCUCUCUUCCCCGUCUGCCCUUCCAGCGCCUCUCUCUUCCCCGUCUGCCCUUCCAGCGCCUCUCUCUUCCCCGUCUGCCCUUCCAGCGCCUCUCUCUUCCCCAUCUGCCCUUCCAGCGCCUCUCUCUUCCCCGUCUGCCCUUCCAGCGCCUCUCUCUUCCCCGUCUGCCCUUCCAGCGCCUCUCUCUUCCCCGUCUGCCCUUCCAGCGCCUCUCUCUUCCCCGUCUGCCCUUCCAGCGCCUCUCUCUUCCCCGUCUGCCCUUCCAGCGCCUCUCUCUUCCCCGUCUGCCCUUCCAGCGCCUCUCUCUUCCCCGUCUGCCCUUCCAGCGCCUCUCUCUUCCCCGUCUGCCCCUCUACCGCCCCUCUCUUCCCCGUCUGCCCCUCUACCGCCCCUCUCUGCCCCUCUACCGCCCCUCUCUUCCCCGUCUGCCCCUCUACCGCCCCUCUCUUCCCCGUCUGCCCCUCUACCGCCCCUCUCUUCCCCGUCUGCCCCUCUACCACUAG